AUGCCACCAAAAGCCACCCCACCCGCCACUAGUGGCCGGCAGACACAAGGGUUCAAAAACCGUGUUAAAGAACAAGCUCGCGAGACACAGUCGGCGUCUGCUGUGGACUCAGGACCGGCCGCGAAACCCACUGUGCCAUCCGCACCGGCAAGUACAGAGGCGGUGGACGCCGUCGCCGACGACGACGACGAUCUACAGUUUGACGACCCCACUGACAUGACGAUCGCUCCGGUCGCCCCGGUCGCCCAGGAUGACGACGACCUGAACUUUGACGACAUAGAUGACUUGCCAUUGCCGGCCGUCGACACAGUGGCAGAGGCCGACACUGAUGGUCCUGGGAAAGAGCCCACAUCUGUUGUUGACCCCACUGUCGGUGUCACCGACACCGCUGACGACGAAGAUAUGGAUUUCUCAGGAUGUAAGACCAUUCCGCCUUCAGUCGGUUCAUUGCUAAUAAUUGCAGUUGAUGAUGAUGUUGUCACCACCAUGGGUGGUGCUGGGAGUGAGGCACCGUCCGGCCAACCUACCGACACCAAUCAAGCCGGUCAAAGCAGCAAUGCCAGCCCUCAUCGUGGGACCACUCCGCCGGCCACCCGAGCUCAGCUGAUGGCUGGGCUCUAUUCAUUUGAUCCUCCCCAGGAAUUCGGAGGGCAUGGAUACCGCAUUCAUCUCUCCCCCACCUCAGUCGAGGAUGCCCCAACAUGGACAUACACUCCCGGUGUUAUGCCGAGGCCACCGGCUUUCGAUACCAUGACUCCCGCCGGCCUCACUACGACGGAGUACCGCAACAGAGUUCUCGGGGCCCUCAUGGCACAGCAUGAUGAUUCCACGUCGGCGUUUCUCCUCAACUUGAUGGUCUGCCACCUCGAACGCAAGCUGGGUGUGCCCCAUCACCUCCCUGCCGACGAGAAGAUCGACGUUAUGCUCGGCACCUUGGAGAGAAGCCGGCCACACUUGGCUAUGAUGUUUCCUCCUCUCUUCAAAGCCCAUAUGUCGGCGUUGGCACCUGCUGAUCUUCGUGAUCUCUUCGAAACGCUGACAGCGAUGAUGCCUUACGGCGACAUCAACAUGUGGUAUUAA